AUGCCUCGAGUUCCUGGCGACGUAAAGGAUUCACCGCUAACGGUACGAAGUGUUCUGAUCAAAUAUCUUUUGUCAUGUUCAGCUUCGUUAGUUUCGGAGACAGUAACCUAUCCUUUGGAUGUUACUAAAACGCGGUUACAGAUGAUCAGAAGCGGUGGUGCUAUAUUACUCCCGACAUUUAAUCAGAAACGUCGACCUGGCAUGUUCAGCGUCUUUUGGAACAUUGUUAGGAACGAGGGUGUACUAAACUUAUGGAGCGGCGUUACUCCUGCAAUCUACCGGCAUUUUGUUUAUACUGGGUUUCGAAUGGGUUUUUAUGAAGUAAUUAGAGCUGCGUGGCAUGAUAAGGAAAAGGAAAAACGAUUUCCAAUCUGGAAGUCAAUGAUAUCCGGUCUUACAGCAGGGGCUCUUGCUCAGUUCAUUGCUUCUCCCACAGACCUGGUUAAAGUGCAAAUGCAGAUGGAAGGUCUAAGGAGACUUCAAGGCCAACCGGCUCGGUUUCGAAAUACGUGGCAUGCGUUUUCAACUUUUUAUCGCGUCAAUGGUUUUCGAAGUUUGUGGACAGGUUGGAUUCCUAAUUGCCAGCGUGCUGCGCUGCUUAAUAUGGCUGAUUUGGCAACCUAUGAUCGUUCUAAGCGUAUUCUUCUUGGCCGAGGCAUGAAAGACAAUGCCUUGACGCAUGCUUGUUGUAGUGCCAUGUCUGGAUUGGCGGCUGCUACUGUUUCAACACCAGCAGAUGUGAUUAAAACGAGAAUAAUGAAUCAACUGAAGCAUUCUAGUGGUGCUGUCGCCGAUGGAAGCUAUCAUUAUAAAGGAGCAUUUGACUGUUUAAAGCAUACCAUCCAGAACGAAGGAUUAAUGGCUCUCUAUAAAGGCUUUUUACCAACCUAUAUUCGAAUGGCGCCUUGGUCGUUAACUUUUUGGAUAUCUUAUGAGAAAAUCCGAUACGUGACCGGUGUAUCUAGUUUUUAG